CUUCAUUAUAACAAACGUUGUGAGGCGGUAAUGUUAUUUUAUUCGAAGAAACCUUUACGAUUUCGGACUAGAGUCGUUUCAUGUGAAAUUUCAACCUUAAAAAAAACCAAAAAGCGUAUCAGCUCGUGCUCCUGAGUCCUGAAUCCUACGACGGGAGCAUCUGCCGACUCUCGUUUUUCUGCACUUUUUUCUCGCAUGUUAUUGUGCUCUGUACUAUUUUAUCUUCUGGGGUUUCCAUAAAUCUCAAGAAAAGAACAAAGAUUGGAGUAGGGAAGAAGAAGUAAAUUGGUCGAAUUUGAUUGAAUUAAUUGGAGAUGGAUUCAAAUCAAGACUUGCCCGAGGGAACCGUCCAGAACAUCUUGGACCAAGAUACUCUCAAGUGGGUUUUUGUCGGAGGCAAAGGUGGAGUCGGGAAGACCACUUGUAGCUCUAUCUUAUCAAUUCUUCUCUCCAGGGUUCGAUCCUCUGUUCUCAUAAUUUCUACUGACCCUGCCCACAAUCUCAGCGAUGCCUUUCAACAGAAGUUCACCAAGAAUCCUACACUUGUCAAUGGCUUCACCAAUCUAUACGCUAUGGAAGUGGAUCCAACUGUGGAGAAUGAAGACGCAGUUGGUUCAGAUGGAAUGGACGGUUUUAUAUCUGAUUUAGCAAAUUCAAUUCCCGGCAUUGAUGAGGCUAUGAGCUUUGCAGAGAUGCUUAAAUUAGUGCAAACAAUGGAUUAUUCUGUUAUAGUAUUUGAUACAGCUCCAACCGGUCAUACUCUUCGUCUAUUGCAAUUCCCGUCAACUUUAGAGAAGGGAUUAGCCAAGAUGAUGUCAUUGAAAAGUAAAUUUGGUGGCAUGAUAUCUCAGAUGUCACGUAUGUUUGGCCUUGGUGAUGAAUUCGCAGAGGAUGCUAUCCUGGGAAGGUUGGAAGGAAUGAAAGAUGUGAUCGAGCAAGUCAACAAACAGUUUAAGGAUCCAGACUUGACUACAUUUGUCUGUGUUUGCAUCCCUGAAUUUCUCUCUCUAUAUGAAACUGAACGGCUAGUUCAGGAGCUCACCAAAUUCGAGAUAGAUACACAUAAUAUCAUCAUCAACCAAGUACUGUUUGAUGAAGAAGCCGUUGAAUCCAAGUUACUAAAAGCCAGAAUGAAGAUGCAGCAAAAAUAUUUGGAUCAAUUCUACAUGUUAUAUGACGAUUUUCACAUCACAAAGUUGCCUUUGCUACCACAAGAGGUUUGCGGUGUUGACGCCUUGAAAUCCUUUUCACGCAACUUUUUGACCCCAUAUCGGCCAUCCUUUGUUCGAGGUACGGUAGAGGAGUUGCAACUGAGGAUAACAACACUGAAAGAUCAGUUGAAAGAAGCUGAAGCAGCAUUAGAAAAAAUCAAGAAGGGGAAACAGAAAGCAUGAUUUGUGCAAGAUGGGAAUCCAGAAAAAGGUCUAUGAGCUGAGAUAUGUCUUAUCUCGUCUUUACACCUCAGUAUAGAAUUUUGCCCGGAGAUGGAUGCUGGAGUUGGUGGAUUGUCAUUUUUUUUUUCCUUCUUUUUCUUUUCAGAUUAUUAUUGAAGUGAAGAGUUUUUUUUUUUUUUUCCCUCUGUAACAUUCAGGAAAGCAAUAAAUUUAGCUUCAUAGCAUUGAUUUUUUUUGUACUCUCUCUGUCCCAGAAUUAUUGUCGAGUUUGAGGUUUCACUUUUAGUAUAAUUUGAACUAGAAAUGAAAACCCAAAAUGGACAAUAAUUAUGGGACGGAGGGAGUAACAUUUAUGGGCAGACAGAAGUUUAGAUUGUAAAUGGAUAUUGAUCAACCUGCAGACAUACUCUAUCCUAUUACCCCAAACUUUUAGUGGUUAUACAUGAACCGAUACAGAUUUACAGUAGCCCG